AUGGUUUUCAUCGCGUCGUUGCUCCUACUACCUCAAUUGGCUGUUGCGAUACAGCCCUUGCCACCAGUUUCACUAGCAGAUAAGGGCAACAACGACCUCGGCUUCUCUGUCACCAAACAAGGAACAAAAAUAUACAUCCAAAACACUUUUGCUGAUAAGAGAGACCCUAAUGGCCUUACGUUGAUACCUCCGAGUGCUGAAGAAUUCGCGGAAACAUUCCGCGCAGAUUUAUCGUCGUUGUUUGGUAGUCAAUGGACCUUGGAACGCGUUGAUGAGCUUCCCACAACUGGCAUUCUCCUCGGUCCAUUUCGCGGCAAUGCUGACCAACUAACCUAUGAGAACGGCAUCGCGACAGAAGAAGGAUAUGAGCUCGAUGUUACCAAUGGCAGCAUUUACAUUGGCGGAACUGGUGCACAAGGCAUGUUUUGGGGUACUCGGACUGUACUGCAGGAACUGCUGAUCGGAAAUGGAUCUUUACCAUCCGGAAACGUUACUGACGCGCCUGCAUAUGCCACUCGUGGAUUUAUGCUAGAUGCAGGCCGGAAGUGGUACAACAAGCAUUUUCUUAAAGAACUCUGUUCAUAUGCGUCGUUCUUCAAGAUCUCGGAGUUCCACUACCACUCGAGUGAUAACUAUCCUUUGAACCGUGGCCGUAACGAGACCUGGCAAGAUGUGUUUUCGCACUUUUCGCUAUACCCGGAGGAGAAUACAGAACUCAGAGGACUGAUUCAACGUCCCAACGAAACAUUGUCGCGCGCCGAUUUUGAGGAGUUCCAAAGCCAUUGCGCACAGCGAGGUGUCACCGUUGUUCCUGAAAUUGAGGCUCCAGGACAUGCACUCGCGAUCACCAAGUGGAAACCUGAGCUCGCUUUGAGUAAGAAAGAUCUGCUGAAUCUAAGCCACCCAGAUGCAAUUCCUACUGUAAAGGCCAUCUGGUCAGAGUUCUUACCAUGGUUUCAAACAAAAGAAGUACACAUUGGCGCGGAUGAGUAUGACGCAGAUUUAGCUGAUGACUACAUCAAUUUUGUCAACGAAAUGGCCGAUUUCGUCAAGAAUAGUUCCGGCAAGGAAAUCCGCAUUUGGGGCACACAUGAGCCAUCAGAAAACUUAACCAUUUCAAAAGACGUCAUCAUACAGCACUGGCAAUACGGUCAGUCAGAUCCAGUCUUGCUGCAAACAGAUGGCUAUCAAAUCGUCAAUUCUGAAGAUUGGUGGGCUUACAUGAGUCUCAAGAACGAUCAUAUGCCCAUUCUGCCAGCCCCAUACCCUCAAUUCUACAACGUCACGCGCACGCUCAACUUUGCAGAUGUGCCAGGAUUGCAGUGGGAGCCGUCACUAUACAAUCCUUUCAACAAGACGGAACAGCUGCAGCCCGGUGCUCAAGGCAACAAGGGCGCUAUUCUAGCAGCUUGGAACGAUAAUGGUCCGGAUGCAACGACGCAGCUGGAGGCUUACUACGCAAUGCGGGAGGGUAUCCCAGUUGUAGCAGCACGCGCUUGGGCAGGCAAUCGCGGUGCAAAGAUCAACGUAGCAGAGAUAUCAGACAGCUUAACCUUUCUAGCACCUUCAGCUCCAGGACAAAACCUCGACCGCCGACUCCCAGGCUCACAAACCCUCUCUGCCCAAAGUCCCUCACUCCUAGUAUCCUGGACACAAAAGCCAUCUCAGCCCACAAACUCUUCCUUGGGACUAGGCUCUUACGGCCCGCCAUAUACACUCACACUCGAUGCCUCGUCGCCCUUUGCCCUGUCUGGACCCGAUACCUCACUCUCCAUCAAUAUCGCCGACAACAUCACCACGCUCGUCUUCACGACAUCGGACGGCUUCCCAUACCCUUUGCGUCGCGUAUCUCUCAGCGAUGGCCAUGAACCCGGACAUCCAGGCCGCAUAUGGACGAACCAGUCGACGUCGACACACGAGCCUGUUCCCAUUACGCUGCCUGCAAAGUUGCGGAUUGAAACUGAUGUUGUGAAUGGCAGUCGCGUAUGGAUUAACGAUUCGUUUGCGGGUCGCUUUGAGGUGUUUGUAUUUGGUGGGCGGAAUACGCUGUUUAGCUGGAGUCAGAUGGCGCUUGUGGCGCCGUUGGAGAGUGUACAGGGAGGUGUUGAUAGGUUAGUGUUGGAGGCUGGGGUUGGGAACGGUGUGGCUCAGCAGGGUAAUGGAAGUCAGGUAGGGCCGCCGUUUACAGGCGGUGCGGAGCGACAGGCUGCGUUUAGUGGAGGGGUUUUGGUUACGGUAGUUGGCGCGAUACUGGCGCUCAUUGUCCUUUGA